AUGAAGACAUCAAUAAAUAGUAGUAAUAGUAGUAAUAGUAGUAUACAUGAUGUGGAUAAUGAUGUAACAGAGGUGUUGGAUGUUGAUGAUGAAGAGGAUAUCAAAGUAGUUGAUUAUAGUAGUUUGGAUGAACUAAAGAUUAGAAUACAAAGAGUUGCAAAGAGAAGGAAUUGGAAUCUGAAUGAUACUUCAAUAUCAACAAGACCAACAAUCAAUAUUACUACAUUGUUUAGACCCGAGGUGGUAGUUGUUGAUGUCUCCAAUGUCAUUGAGAUUGAUGACAUACCUGAUUCUGGAUCACCUUCACAUGGUUCAUCAGUCUCAGAGUCGUCAACGACAACAACAACCACUUCUGAACGACUUAGUCUUUCAGGACAACUUAAACAAUUGAGAAGACUGACCAAGGGUCAUGGCAACACAAUCAAGGACAUGUUGGACAAAGAAUCACUCUAUUCUUCUCAGGAUGGCAACACUCAAACAGAGACUCAGGCUCAGACUCAGACUCAGCCUCAGACACAGGCACAGGCUCAGGUUCAGACUCAGACAACUCAGACUCAGACUCAGACACAACAGUUAGAUCCAUUGUUGGCGUUGCGAAAGGAUGAGGAACAGUUUGCAAAGGACAAGGCAAUGAUUCAGACACAGCUUCAGGGUCAUUUCAAUUCAUUGUCAAUGGCUUAUAGGAACUCUGUACUGUCAAGAGAGUUGUUGAUGGAACAUUUAUCAUUGCUGUAUGAUAAGGAGAAUGCAGUUAGAUAUGUUCAGAAGAUUGAUUGUUUGAAAUCCGAGAAGAUACCAAAGAUGCCAACAAAUUUCAAUCUAAAGUCACUGUUAGAGAUGUCUUAUCCAAUUCGUGAAUUGAUCGAUGAGUCAAAGAAAGAGCAUGCCAGGUUAAGGCAGAUCCACCAAUCACAAUUGCAGAACACAGAGUCACAUCCACAGCCACAGCCACAGCCACAGCCACAGCCACAGCCACAGCCACAGCAGACACAACCAAAGCCAAAGGCACAGACACUGACCCAACCACAGCCACAGCCACAACCACAACCCAUGCCACAGCAACAGCCAAAGCCACAGACACUGACCCAACCACCAAAGACCCAACCACAGCCACAGCCACAGCCACAGCCACCAAAGUCACAGAAACAGCCAGGGCCACAGGUCCAGCCACAAGCCCAGCUAUCAUCAAGGUCAAAUAUACCUAUCUCCUUUGAUCUAAGGAAUAUGACACAUGCGGGCAUCAAAAAAGAUACGAAACCAACCACGGUCGCACCUGCUCCUACUUCCCCACCAACUCAAGGAUCAUCUACCAACGAGAAGCAAUCUACUGUCAAGCCAUCAGAGAAGACAAAGCCCCCAACAGCUGUAAUGGCGCCCCCUGCUCCUCAGCCAGUCAAAGUGUCAGAGGUACCAAAGCAGCCACCACCAGCUAGCCUUCAAACGGCCAGUGACCCACUUGAUGGCCUUAUAUCCAAGAUGAAGCGCGUCAGCAUACAGCCCCAGCCAGUUGGACAACAACAAGAACACAACCCAUACACAGACCUUCCAGCCAAGCCAAAGAAUAACUACAUGGACAAGCAUGAUGAGCAACUGGCAGAGGGAGAGCAAGUACCAGAAUGCCCUCCACUGAACAAUAUAUUCAAUCUGAAUCAACACUGUCAGGACAACUUCUCGACAUUCAAGACACAUUACAUUCGAACAUACUUCCAGCGAUUGAAUCAUUCAAUAUUCAAAUCAAGAUUCAACAUUGAUGACAUGUUGGACAUUUCCAACUCAACUGGAAUCAAGUCACCUGCGACAAUCUCACUCAAAUCCAAAGACAAUGGUGAUCGCACUGCCAUCAUCACAAUUCACAUCAACAACAUCAACACCAUCCAGAAGCUUGUGAAUGUACUCUGCCAUCAGAUGUGCCACGCAGCCACAUGGAUAUUCGACAAUGACAAUGGUACACAUGGAGCCCAGUUUAAGUACUGGGUUCGUGUGGCACUGGGUCUGUAUCCAGAUCUAUCGAUUGAUCUCUGCGACAACUAUCCCCUGCAGCACAAGUAUCACUACAAGUGCAAGAGUAGAGAGUGCUCAAUGACAUUUGGCCGACCGACGAUAAUGCAACUCGACGAGGAUAUUUAUUGUGGCCGUUGCAAUUCGCCAAUCGUGGCGAUGAACCUCGACAAGACAUCGUCAUUCUCUGGCAACACGGUGGAUGGCAAUGCUUUGGAUGCACCUGCACAGCUCAGUAUGGCACAGGCUACACAAGCAAUCGAUAGCAAUGACACUGAAUCAGAGUUCAACAAGUUCUACAACGAUCAAAUUGCACAACAUGGUCAGAAAUACUCUUCCAUGACUGAUGAACAAAAGAUAUCAAUCAUCAAACUCAAGUACAAACAGCAAUGGAUGAACAAAAACAUCAAGUCCAAGGUACUAAAG